UCUUUCUCUCUCUUUCUCUCAAAAACAAUGGCUAUGAUAAUUAAGGUAUUCGCUUUGCUCUUGUGCAUCUGCAUCUGCAACAAUGCAAUGCAGAGGGCUGAGGCAUCUUUGAGCUUAAGCAAGGACCACUACAAACAGACAUGCCCUAACGCGGAGAAUGUGAUAAGAGAGACCAUACGCAAUGCUACAAGCUUCGACCCAAAAAUCCCUGCUCGCAUUCUCCGAAUGCACUUUCACGACUGCUUCAUUCGGGGGUGCGACGGAUCAGUACUGUUAGACUCCACCGCUAACAAUACAGCAGAGAAAGACGCACCACCCAACGUCUCACUCCGUGCGUUUUACGUAAUCGAUGAUGCCAAGGCCAGGCUCGAGUCCCUCUGUCCCCAAACUGUCUCAUGUGCUGACAUUCUCGCCAUUGCGGCCAGGGACGUUGUGGUGCUCGCUGGAGGUCCAAACUGGGACGUACUAAAGGGACGAAAGGACGGCGUGAUAUCGAGCGCAAGCGAGACGAGGAAUUUGCCAGCUCCCUCGUUCAACGUUUCUCAACUUUUACAGAGCUUCAUUCUUCGCGGACUCUCCCUCCACGAUCUCGUUGCAUUGUCCGGCGGGCACACGUUGGGGUUUUCUCACUGCUCUUCAUUUUCGAGCAGACUGCACAAGUUCAAUGCAACGCAUAGCAUGGAUCCCAGCAUGCAGCCUCAGUUCGCGCAGAGCUUGUUGAGCGUGUGCCCCAACCCCACUACCAACCGCAGCGCAGGCGCAUUUCUGGAUUCCACAUCUACUGGCUUCGACAAUGCAUAUUUUAAGCGAUUAGUGGAAGGCAAAGGAGUGUUCGGCUCCGACCAGGCUCUGUUUACAGAGAACAAGACCAAAACCAUGGUGAAGACUUUUGCUAAGGACGAGAAUGCCUUUUUCAGAGCAUUUAGGAGGUCCAUGCUCAAGAUGGGCAGCGUCGGAGUGCACACAAGUGACUCCCAGAUCAGAUUGAACUGCAGGAAAGUCAAUUCCUGAGCUUUACAAGUUACCCAACAAUUGUUAUACGUGCUUUAACUGAAAGGGCUUGGUUUCAAUGCAUUUGUUAUUUUUUCGGGAACCAUUUUAAGUGUUCAAUAAUGUAACUCACAAGAAUGUUUCUUCCCAAGUUUCUCACAAAAAUGUAAAUCUAACCAUUAUGUCAAGUGAAUAAAGAAUGAUUGGUGUGAUAAAAGUUCAAAGUAAUCCCAUUUUUUAAGCCACGCUGCUUGGGCAAGUGUAUAUCAUUUUGGAUUGAUAGCCUUAUUUUUUCUUGUGCUCA